AUGUCUUCAAGAUAUUCACUACGCCAAACUCCCAGGAAGAAGGAACUCUUCGAGGGCAUGGUUGAGACCCCUAUUCGUCGCUCACGUUCAAAUCGCCGCCAGACUUCCCAACCUCCCUCAGACGUCGAAACCGAGUCGAACUCUGCCGCUGAGACUGUCUCGCGACCUACUCGCCGACGCACCGCUAGGUUCACCGAAGAGCUCGACGAGGACACAGAUUCCGACAACAUGGGGGCUGUCAACAGAACUUCCAAUGGCAAGACCAACGGCCAUGCCAAUGGCCAUUCAAACGGUGAUGCCACCAAUGGACACGCCACCAACGCCCAUGCUACAUCCAACGAUGUUUCUGGCGCUGCACCUAUCAAUUCAGUCUUGGAGAAGACCGAGGGCGUCCCUCAAGACCCCAAUGUGGUUGAUGGCUGGAGGCCUGGCCAGGAUCCUAAGAUUGACUACUCUGGAGAGUUCGAGUUUGGUGGUUCUUUGGGCACCGCUGCCAUGAUGGUACUCUUCCCUAUCCUCAUGUGGUAUAUGUGGAUUGGCGCCACUUACUACGAUGGCAAGUUUCCCUCCCGUGCCGAGGGUCAGUCCUGGGGCGAGUUCGCUUCUCACCUCGUCAAUCUGGUCUACACUGGUGCAUUCCCCCGCCUCCAGGUCUGGGCAUGGUAUUGGUCUUACCUGAUUGUUGAGGGUGCUUUCUACUGCCUUCUCCCCGGUGUCUGGGGCUAUGGCAAGCCUCUUCCUCAUGAGGGCGGCAAGCAGCUUCCCUACUACUGCAGCGCCUACUGGAGUCUUUACACCACUCUUGCUUGCCUUGCCUUGCUGCAUUUCUCUGGCAUCUGGCCUCUCUACACUGCCAUUGAUGAGUUCGGUCCUCUUCUGUCUGUUGCUAUCCUCAGUGGCUUCCUCGUUAGCUUUGUGGCCUAUUUCUCUGCUCUUUGGCGUGGCAAGCAGCACCGCAUGACGGGCUAUCCCAUCUAUGACUUUUUCAUGGGCGCUGAGUUGAACCCCCGGUUGUUUGGUAUUCUCGACUUCAAGAUGUUCUUCGAGGUUCGCAUGCCUUGGUAUAUUCUGCUCAUCCUUAGCCUUGGCGCCGCCGCUCGUCAAUAUGAGCAGUACGGCUACGUCUCUGGAGAGGUUUGGUUCCUCGUCAUGGCUCACUUCCUCUAUGCCAACGCCUGUGCCAAAGGAGAGGAGCUCAUCAUCACCACUUGGGAUAUGUACUAUGAGAAGUGGGGGUUCAUGCUCAUCUUCUGGAACCUCGCUGGUGUUCCUCUCUCUUACUGUCACUGCACUAUCUAUCUAGCUAAUCACCACCCUGAUGUGUACCGCUGGAACCGCGGCAUUCUCGCUGCCAUGUUCGCUGGUUAUCUCUUCUGGUACUGGGUCUGGGAUAGCUGCAACAGCCAGAAGAACCGCUUCCGCGCUAUGGAGAAGGGCAAGUUGGUCCUACGCAAAACCUUUCCUCAAGUCCCCUGGCAGACUAUCCACAACCCCAAGACUAUUGUCACUCCCCAGGGAACUAUCCUGGUUGAUGGUUGGUAUGGUCUUGCUCGCAAGAUUCACUACACUGCCGAUGUGUGGUUCGCUGUUUCUUGGGGUCUUAUUACAGGCUUCGAGAGCCCCUUUCCCUGGUUCUAUCCAGUAUUCUUCUGCGGUAUGAUCGCUCACCGUGCUGCUCGAGAUAUCACCCGUUGCCGUCGCAAGUAUGGUGAUGCUUGGCUCGAGUAUGAGCGACGUGUACCUUACCUCUUCAUUCCUUACGUUAUCUAA